AUGCCCGACGACCCGGAGAACAUGCGGGGUACCCGCGACUCUGCCCGCCGCCCCAAUCCCAACCACGACGAACGCCCGACCACAAAGACAGACGCAAAUGCGCCGAGUCACCCCUCCACGACGAGUGACAAUGGCACGCCGUCACUGGCGAGUCGCAUCCAGAGUUCGGCGGCUGGUUUAGCCCGCAGCGCGAUGCACGGCGCGAGCUCGUCCUCAGAUGCGGCGAGGACGUUGGCUGGCGCGACGCAGGGGAAAGCUAGCGGGUCAGCGACACUCGCAUCGGCGGGUUCGGAGGGCCUUGUUAGUCGGGAUAUUGCUGCGCGAGGGUCGGGAGCUGGGGCUGGAUCUGGAGCUGGGUAUACCGGACCUGGCACGGCAGAGUCGUUUCGCAGCGAGACGACGAGCUCGACGAGCGGGGGAUUUGAGAUCCCGGCGCUGUCGGAGGAGGCGUUUCAGCGAUUGGGCGCGUACACGGAUGAGACGGGUGUGUCGCUCGACAGCGUACGAGGGGAUGCGCACCGGGAUACCAGUCUGGCAGAUCUACAAGGCGAAACGGGGAAUUGGAAGGGCAAACAGCGCGCACAUGACCCGAUGCAACUGGACUAUACCAGUGCCUGGGAGCGCGCAGAUCAUCCUGGGUCACAGACGAAUACGUACGAGCCGCAACCCAGCGACGGCGCGGCAGUGGUCUCCUUGCUCGCUGAUACAUCAUUUGAUGCGGACUUUGGGGGCCCGGAGGAUGUAGGGCUUGAUCUCGAUCUCGAUCCGGCUGCGACACCGGCGCCACUGACAGCCGAAGAGAUCAAAAUGCUCGACUCGUUUCGGCGGCAGAUUGGCGAUUCUACAAACCCAAGUUCCCAACAUCAACAGCCGGGACUGUCAAGUUUUAGUCUUGUCCCGGAUAUAGACACUUUCCUUCAGCAGAACGAUCCGUCUGGGUUUUCUGAGAGUGCUGAUGCAAGUUCUGUGUCUGCUACGACUCUUCGCGACUCGGUUAUUGAAUACCUCCCGGGUGCGCAGGACUGGGUUACCGUGCAUGAGCGGUACCAUGACGAAGUCUGGGGCUAUCUACGGCCUGCGCUGGAAGCGGCCAAGGCUGAAAUUGAAGAGAGGGGAACGGAGGCGCGGGAGGGAGAUGAGAAUGAUGGACCCGCUGUCAGGCGGUUGAAGAUGAUUUUGAAGCAUAUGCGGGCAUGA